UCGAGAGGCACUUUUCUUCCUUUUCAUUCGCCCUCUCAUCUCGAGUCCGUCUCUCCUCUCUAAUUUACUUCUCGUCCUGCUUUGCGCCCCGAAGCCGCUGGGUCUUUCGCUCUUCAGUCAAGGGGAUUAGAAAGAUGGAAUGUGGACGAGAGACGAGGGUGGGGGUGGGGAAGAGGCCGCGGCAAAGCUGGAAAGGUUUGGAUGGGUUUUGUUUUUUUUGUGUGUGUUUUUUUUUUUUUUUUUUUAAAGAAGCCAAGGAUCAAAUUGUUGUACUUGAUAAAUAAGUGUGUGAUAAAUUUACACUGCUAGCAGUGAGUGUGAGGUUCCUUAAUGUCGGCUUCUGUUUCCUGCAAUCCUGUGUCAGGCGCUGCGUUGCUUUUCAUAAAGGGGAGAAUGCAAGGUCAAAUCCAUUUAGGCACCAGAAGAAGGAGGGUUUACCGCAGCUACGGGCAUCGUCGCAAUACGACGGCAUAUUUCAUUUAAAUGCAUAUCUGUCACCAAGAUGGCAGGGAGGGUGGGCUGCUUUCUCGUUGUCCCCUUUGACAGGUUUGGCCUGUAGUUCCCACUUCACUCUUGUCACCUUGAUCUCCUCUAGUCAGAUUUAUUCUUUGCUUUUAGUGUUUUUAUAUCUCCUAUGAAUUUUAGCAGCGACCUUGGCGGGCUGGGAAGCUGCUCAAACUCAAACUGUUUGACUUCUGUGGUUUUAGAUGGGUAGAUAGUUACUUUAUUGAUCUUUAAUUGUAACAUUUCAGGUUUUGAUUACCUCUGAUUGUUUUCCCUCCUCUUUAUUUGUCAUCUUUUUCUGGUACCUACAGUAUUCGAUUGGAAGGGCUGAGUACAAGAAAGUAUUUUAUAUUUGUAAUUCCAAUUGGAAUUUGUAGACACUGUUUUCACUUUGAGUUAAAGGCUGUUUUUCUGUUGCUUCCUAAAAAAGCCACAUUAAAUACACUCUCAUUCAGUGUUGGAAGUCAGUAAACAAGAAACAUUUGAUACUUUUUAUACACACCGUACUUAGGGUAAGUACAUGAACUUAUUUCAACGCGUUUGCCCAACAAAACCUCACUUUCUAUCAAAUUGGUGUAUUGGAAUCAAAUUUAUUUUUGUGCUCUGUUUCUACCUCUCUGUAUGAUGACCUUUCAGUCAAAUGUAAGCCAACAAAUGAUUUUCUCUUCACCCUGUUACCCGACAUUAUCGUGCAGACGCUGUAUGAUGUAAAUAAAUGAAUAAAUUCCCAUUGCAGUGUAGUAAUGACGAGUAACUUGAUGCAUAACCUGGAUUACAAAGUCGGUUCUGUGAAAGGCUCAGCUGAUGUGUUGUGCCCCUCAGCUGAAAUGUGUUUCGUCCCUGAAAUGUUCUCUCCUGGGUACAGACUUCAUCACUUUAUUGUUUAUUUGUUGUCUCAAUUUUGAAUUAAUCUGAAUUUUGGCCAAAAAAAAACAAAAAAAAAUCCAGUAUUUGCCUGAAAUGUAUUGGAGGAGAAGCAUGAAGUCGCGAAAAUCAAGUUACUCAAGUACAAGUACCCCAAAAUUGUGUUUAAGUAGAAUGUAAAUAUACUACAUUACUUUCGCGAGCUGUUAUUCGCCACAUCUGUUUUGUUCUGGUUUUAUCAGGAUAAACAUUUUUACAAUGAAUGCCUGAAAAAAAUCUAAUCUCCAUUGGAGCCAAACAGUCACAAUUACUGAUGCACACGCUGAACAAGACCCCAAACCCUGACCUCAGGUGCUUCAGAUCGCUUCCAUCGGUUAAUCUGUUGCUAUGCAGGACGGCUGAUAUUCUGCGCUCGUCCGCACCAGCAGCUUUCUCCACACGCUGCUCUGCUAAUGAACAUCAUUUGUGUUUUGAUGAUCGGAGCUUCUUCUCCAUAGACACUUUUCCCUUUGGCCUCAGCUGUCAUGUUUUUUGGUUUUAGAUCAUUAUGACAUAGCAGCUAUGAAGUUUAUUUUUUGCCAUUAAAGAUAUGAUCCAUCACGGUGAAAGAAAAAACUGGCAGCAUGCGUCACAAUAAUGGCAGGAAUGUUCUGCCCAUUGGUUCGUAUUGAAGUUCGCUUGUUAAGGGAAAAUUAAUUUGUCAUAAAACUGAACCCCAUUGUUGUAUAAUUGAUAACGAUGAUGAGGUCUCCGCUGACGCCGUCCUACUUGUAUAAUAAGUUUAUUACCUUUAGGGCUGGGGUCAUAAUCACUGAGAGGCCCCAGGAAAGCAUCACUCCUACUAAUCACCAGAUCCCAGGAUGACAUCACUCAUACUAAUCUCCAGGCACUACACCAUAAAUAAGUAAAUAAACGAACGAAUGAAGGAAGUGAAAUGCGGCUUUAUGAAUAAGUGACUAAAACAGCAAACGUCUUGAUGGUGUUGCCAGCUUGGGCGCAGAGCCUGGUGGAUAUGAGGGCGCUCGGUGUACUCAUUUUAAUAUUUUUGAAUUACUUUCCUCAAAGUCCUUGGCUUUCCAAGCGGGCAGUGAACCUCCCACAGUCUCAGACUUUAAAGAGCCCUGAUCAGAGUAAUAUGUUGUCUGUCUAAAUUCUCAUCCCUGUUGCUGUUUUGUAACUGAUCACCAGUGGUGGAAGAAGAGUUUCAGUUUUCUCUUUUAUAAAAGUUUAACUGAUAGUGCCACACUGUAAAAAAUAAAUAAAUACUGUUAAAGCCUUGCACUCAAACUCCACAGAGUGUACAUGGUAGUACUUGAAGUAUUUAAACUGGUAUUUUUCAUUCUACAGAAAGUGGACCUUCUCCUGAUACGAUCAGAUUAUUAUCAUUGAUCUGUUACCGACUGUCAUGUGCGCAUUACAGCAGGUGCUAACUGUUUUUACCAGGUUUUAUAUACAGUGUAGUUUAAAUUUGAGUGCCUCAAAAUUUUACUACAGUACGGUGGCCUGCUCGAGUAAAUGUACACAUGCUUCAUUCGAACCACCACCACCGCUGAUCAUUUGGAUUUAAGGACCUUUCAAUGUGUUUGUACUUUUGUGUACUUUGUGUACUUUUUGGAUAUUAAACGCGACCUCUUUGACAUCUCUCGACUCUAAGGUGUGUUGUUGCCCUUCAUGGAGACAGGAGAUGGAACAAGCGAAUGUGACAGCCCAGUUUAUCCGUUCAGGUCCAGAUGACUAAAUUAAUCUCGUCGUGACCGCUGAGUAGUCGUGUACUUUGGUGUUUUUUCCUCUUUCCCUUUUUCCUGCCUGUUUUUUGGCGCCGUUCACUGGUUUGUUAUUUCCAAAUCCAAAUCUCCUGAAAAGAGCUGCUGUUUGUAGGCAGUGGGCGCUGAAGGAAGGACGUGUUGUGUGUAUUUUAAAGGCAACCGGACCUGAUGGAUUAAAUAUGAACUGAAACGCAGCCUGUGGUUACACUUUUGGCGCUGAGCUGCUGUGGACAGACUUUUUCCACACUUUUUCCAUCAGUGGUGGUUCCUUCAUUUGUUCUUGUGACCCUUUAAAACAAAUCAAUACCAACAAUAUCUCACUGCUCUUGUGGGUUACGAACAGCGAGUUUUCUUGUCCACCUGGUCUCAUUUGAGGGAUUUUGAGAGGAUGAGAUCACAUUGAAGAUUUUUGUAGUCAAAGUGGGAAAAAAAGUAAUUUGUUUUUUAAUGGUUAAAAAAAAGUUUUUUUGGUUUUUUAAGUCUUAAUCAGAUCCAUCAUCCUGGGACCCUCUGGAUGAUCAAGACCCCCGUUGGAGUUCAUUCAUUUAAAGAGUACUAACUGAACGGUGUCUCCAUUUUAACUAGACUGCAUGUGGCAGCUUAAAGGUGAGUCCCGCAGUGUUAUGAAGCGCAGAUUAGCAAUCCGUUAAAGGAAUAAUUCGACAUUUUUGGCUGACUUGGCUUUCUGUCCGAGGUUUAACUGAAACGAUCGUCCGACUGUCAUUUAGGAAGAGGCUCACGACCCUCACGUCUGACUCCCCACGGAAACUGAAUAGGAAUAUGACCUCCUGAUGCGUCGAUGAGAAAUUCAGCUCGUUGCUCCCUAAUAGUCGUCACAGGAGCCAAUAGGAUUACAGUAUUUCUGCCGCGAGAGCUGCUGUGUCCUGGCGAAGUGAAAAUCAGCGAGAACCUCUUCUUCCUCCUCCUCCUCCUCCUCCAACUCUCCAUCAUCUGCCUCCGCCCGUCGCACUCCCGCCGUGCUGACCCCGGAUCCGCCGCCGACCACAGAGAGGUGGAGGACUUAAUCAGUGUGUGUGUGUGUGUGUGUGUUAUACACCGACUGGCUGACUGACUGGAGGUCAAGGCGGGAGGCUCGCCUGUAAAUUGUGCGACUGGAUGCUGCAGCCUGACAGCCAAUUUGUCGCCCGGUGUUCCCUGAGAGGAGAGCCGACCUGGAUGUGAGCAGCCGGGAGGAGGCCUGACCAUGUCCACCGGAGUAACAUCAUGACUUCAGCCAAUGAGUCAGACAAGACCUCCCCUCCCUCCUUCCCUCUUUCCUCCCUUGAGUACAAUUUCUCCGUCUUUGCCACCCAUGACCCUUCCUACUCCCCCGUAUCCUUCCCCACCUCCUCGUCCUCUUUGCUGACGUCCUCCAACUGCACCAGCUCUCCGCCAGCCUCCUCUCCUCCGUACAACUUCUAUGCGGUGCUGCUGGUGCUCCUGAUCUUCUGCGUGGUGUUUGGUAACGUGCUGGUGUGCGUGGCCGUGUCGCGUGAGCGCGCCCUGCAGACCACCACCAACUACCUCAUCGUCUCGCUGGCCGUGUCGGACCUGCUGCUGGCCACGCUGGUCAUGCCUUGGGGCGUCUACCUGGAGGUGGUGGGUGAAUGGCGCUUCAGUCUCAUCCACUGCGACAUCCUGCUCACGCUGGACGUCAUGAUGUGCACCGCCAGCAUCCUCAACCUCUGCGCCAUCAGCAUCGACAGGUACACAGCGGUGGCCAUGCCCAUGCUCUACAACACCAGAUACAGUUCCAGGAGGAGGGUGGCAGUGAUGAUUGCUGUGGUGUGGUUCCUCUCUUUUGCCAUCUCCUGUCCUUUGCUGUUCGGACUCAACAACACUGCGAGUCGGGAAGGCACCACAUGCAGCUUUGCCGAUCCAGCCUUCGUGGUGUACUCGUCUGUGGCCUCCUUCUACGUUCCCUUCAUCGUAACUUUGCUGGUGUAUGCGCAGAUCUGCGUGGUGCUGCGCAGACGAGGCAGACGCACCGCCCCGCCGUGUAGGAACGGCCUGCACGCACAGGGUGGAGCUGACGCAGGAGAAGGUCAUCGACACAGGAAGAAUAAGUGCACACAGCCAGAGGAUGUGAAGUUGUGCACCCUGAUCCUGAGGCCUGCCACUGCUGGUCCACAGCGCAAGAAAGUGACGCUCGUAAAGGAAGCGGUGGUUCACCCUCUUGAAGUGGAACCGGGUCAGUUCCUGCCACAGACCGAACAGAGUCUGGGUCCUCCUCCUCCUGCUCCUCCUCCUCCUCCUCCUGCGCCCCAAACUUCCUCCCACUCUGGACGGGCCAGGAUUUCCCUGGCGAUCUCAGUUGGACCUGCCCCAGUUCUUCCCUCCACCGUGACCCGAUCGGCUCUGAUGCCUCGGCCCCCGACCCUCGAGGACGGCAUGAGGGGCCAUGAAGGAUGGAGGGAGCGCAGCGGAGGCAGAGAGAGGUGGGGAACCACCAAGGAGAGGGUGAGAGGGAGGCUGUCACAGCAGAAGGAGCGGAAGGCAACACAGAUGCUCGCUAUUGUGCUCGGUGUGUUCAUCAUCUGCUGGCUGCCUUUCUUCCUGACACACGUGCUGAAGGCCCACUGCAGGAGCUGCUGCAUCUCGCCCUCGCUGUACAGCGCCGUCACAUGGCUGGGAUACCUCAACAGCGCUGUCAACCCUGUCAUCUACACCACGUUCAACAUCGAGUUUCGCAAAGCCUUCAUCAAGAUCCUACACUGCUGAGAGAUGGAGACACGCCAACGUCAGCCGUCACGAAAAGAGAACGUCGGCUGUUGGUUUGAGAUCACAGGUGAGAGAGGCGGUUCCGAUACCCAGGAAGAUGGCGGCAGGUGAGUCGUAAGGUGACUAAAGAGUUAAGUAAUACAAGCUUCCUGGAAAGUUAAAGAUGAGAGAGACGUAACCAGCAGCUCAGACUAGCCGAUGGAAAGGCAGAAAUAAUGACACACAGAGGGAAUGAAAACAGACAAAACAAGACAACAAGUCUGGACAUAUUUAUGGAAAAGAAGACACGUACUGUGUUGUGUACAUACAGUCUGUGACGGGAGUGUUUGAGGACGGUGGAUCUCUGCUACAUCCCGACUGAAAGACUCGACAGACGUGAGACUCCCCAAGACGUGACUGCUUUUCCAGUGCUUGAUUUGCAUCAGACGUUAGCUGCUGUGUUUCCGUGUAAUCUUGACAAACGGCAUCUUGUUUUUUGUUCGCAUGUGCUCGUCUUCUUUCUCAGAGGACUCGAUUGAAGAGUCCAUCCCAAAGUCUUUUUCUGAUCAUUUUUCACACUUUUGGAAAAUCCGCCAAAGUUCUAUCAAAGACUGGAUUAUUGAUUUGGUGAUUGAGCUCAUUUAAUCUGCGUUUUGUUUUGCUUUAAAUAAAUGUGUAUACGUGUAAAUACAUUUGUUGUUGUAAAUGAUCAGAAUAAAAUGAAUAAACAUGCCUGCAAAGAGACCGUGCUGGUUACAAAAUACAAGUAAUUUACAAACCCCUUAUUUAUAGGAUUGCAAAGUGCGUUUUCACUCCCUCCACAGAGAGGCAGUGAAAACACAAAGAGCUCCAGUGACAGACUAAUGUUACGCAGGUGUUUGUAUUCAGACAGGACGGUUUUGUUUAAAUCAUCCAUCCUUCCUAUCAACAUGGUGCAAAAUCUUCCAUUAGUCACAGAUAUUAAAUAUUGAAAUAUUUUUUUCUUUGUUCUAUGCCAUUCAUUCAUUGUUUUCUGUUUUAUUUUAAAAUAUUCAUCUCUUCUCUGGGUUCAAAUACUUCACUUUUUUCCUGUGCAUGUUCUCCGUCUGUGUGAUUUCCCACGUUCCUCAUAUCAUUCCCUCCCUAAUGUAUUCAGUCAGUGGGUUCCCCUCCCUCAGGGCCACUUUGCCUUGUGUCAAGUGUUCCAGCCUUUUCCUCAUUUCGGUUCAAAGAUUUUGGAUCUUUGUUUAGUUUCCUGUACCUUGCCUGUUUUCUGGACUUUGAUUCUUGCCUGUCCUACUAGGGGUGAUAGCCAGACUUUCAAAUAAAUCAAAAAAGAAAAUGAUAUUAGAUAUUACAUUGUGAUAUUUUUAUUAGCCUGUAUGAGCAUGGAAAAACAUGUGAAAUCCAUAAUGAUAACUACAUACUCCAUCAAGGAGGCAGUCAGUGCUCGAUAUGAAACUGUCAUCUAAUGAAAAACAGUUGGCCAAUGUAACACAAACAAAAAAUCAAAGUGACACCUCUUUCCUCUGAUAGACAAGCUUGGGUGGUUCUUUAC